CAACAGAAACACCAGAUAUUGUGAAGAUGGUCCAGGAAACCAUGGUCGACGCCAUCGUCCUGGAAUACGAAGCGAAACUGGAAUUCCUGGAGGCAACUUUAAAGUCGAACAUCUACUCUGAACGGGUGCGGACUGUUCUUUUACUUUGUUCGACAGAAAACACCGUCGCUGUUUUUGCAACCAUUCGGAACCGAACGCUGGAGUCCCCCCUCGUGAGAUGGUUAGUCAUCGCCAACGAAAACAUCACGGCUUCCCUAAUCUCAGUCCUGAGAGAAGGAACACAGGUUGCCGUGGCUACCCACACAGCUUCCAGGGCGCACCAGAUAUUCACUUCCUACAUAAGCGUGGAGGAUGAGGUCAGGUUCAAACUUAUCGAGAAUUGGGAGCCCCCUGAAUCGACAGCUUUGCAAUCAAACCCUCGAAGCCCAAAGAAUCAGAUCAGAGAUCCUACAAGCACGAAGGGGAAGGAUCCUGAGAGCCACCAGUCUCUAGAAGGAUACUAUCUGUUUCCUGACCUAGAUUCCAUCUAUGACGACUUUCAAGGGCGGCGCCUUUUAGCAGCAGUGGUCAGCAACGUGCCAUACUUCGUCCUGGAUGAUCUGGCUGAUGGCACUGUCAUCCCCGUCUCAGGAAUAGAUUAUGAAAUCCUUCGUGCCCUCGGUGCUCGACUGAACUUUACGUAA